CGUGCGAGGGAUGGAGCGCUCGUCCCGCUCCCUGCCCCCGAGCACUCAUUAGCAGUGUGCUGCCCGGGGAGGCCGGGCCAGCAGAGCCGCCCCCUUCCCGCUCCCUGCCCCGGCUCCCGGCUGAGGACCGGGGCCGUGCCGUGCCGUGCCGUGCCAUGGCCGCUCCCUGCUACCUGGGCUGGGAUUUCAGCACGCAGCAGUUGAAAGUCAUUGCUAUUGAUGAACAGCUGAGGGUCAUUUAUGAGGAUAAUGUUCAUUUUGAUAAGGACCUUCCGGAAUUUAAGACUCAAGGUGGAGUCUACAUUCACAGUGACAGACUGACAGUCACUUCACCAGUGCUUAUGUGGGUCAAGGCUCUGGAUGUGAUCUUGGAAAAGAUGAAGUCUUCAGGCUUUAACUUCUCUCAAGUCAGAGCUAUGUCUGGUGCUGGCCAGCAACAUGGGAGUGUGUACUGGAAAAAAGGAAGCAUCCAGAUUUUAAAGGAUGCAUCAUCUGAACUGCCUUUACAUCAAUCAGUAAAGGGCUGUUUUUCAGUCAGAAACAGUCCCAUCUGGAUGGAUUCCAGCACAGCCUCCCAGUGCAGAGCACUGGAGAAAGCCCUGGGGGGAGCCCAGCACCUGGCCAGGGUCACUGGCUCCCGGGCAUAUGAGCGUUUUACAGGAAACCAGAUAGCAAAGAUUUACAGCCAGAAUCCUGAGGUCUACAAGCAAACUGAGAGAAUCUCUUUGGUCAGUAGCUUUGCAGCUUCCCUUUUCCUAGGAGCUUAUGCACCCAUUGAUUACAGUGAUGGUUCUGGUAUGAACUUGCUGCAGAUUUGGGAAAAGGCGUGGUCAAAGCCCUGCCUUGAUGCUUGUGCCCCUGGAUUAGAGGAGAGACUAGGAUGCCCUGUACCAUCCCACUCAGUCCUGGGGCCCAUUUCUCCAUAUUAUAGUCAACGUUAUGGGUUUAACCCAGACUGUAAAAUAGUAGCAUUUACAGGAGACAAUCCAGCAUCACUGGCAGGGAUGAGACUUCAAGAAGGAGACAUUGCAAUUAGCCUUGGCACAAGUGACACAUUGUUCCUGUGGAUCCAAGAGCCAACUCCUGCCUUAGAAGGUCAUAUUCUGUGCAAUCCUGUUGAUUCUCAAACAUAUAUGGCACUUUUAUGUUUUAAGAAUGGCUCUCUGAUGAGGGAGAGGAUCAGAGAUGAGUGUGCUUCAGGCUCCUGGGAUGAGUUCUCCAAAGCCUUAUCAUCAACUGUUGCUGGAAACAGUGGAAACUUGGGUUUCUACUUUGAUGUGAUGGAAAUUACUCCUGAAGCAGUUGGGAUUCACAGAUUCAACAGAGACAACCAAAAGGUUUCAAGGUUUCCAAAGGAAGUAGAAAUACGAGCAUUGAUUGAAGGGCAGUUCAUGGCCAAGAGGAUUCAUGCUGAAAAGCUGGGAUAUAAAGUCUUGCCUAGAACAAGGAUUUUGGCUACUGGUGGUGCAUCCCACAAUAAAAAGAUCUUACAGGUCCUGUCUGACGUGUUCAACGCGCCCGUGUUCACCAUCGACACGGCCAACUCUGCCUGUCUGGGAAGUGCUUACAGAGCAAUCCAUGGGCUUGUAGCAGAGAGGAAUGUGUCCUUGGCUGAUGUUGUGAAAUUAGCACCCGAGCCCAGAUUGGCUGUCACACCCACCCCAGGGGCUGAGGAGCUCUAUCGUCCACUUUUGAAAAGAUAUGCUGAGCUUGAACAGAAGGUUAUCUACAACUCUGCCUCUUCUUGUCUUGUGAAAUAGAAGCAAAUAAAAUUUAUUUGUUGUCUGAGCAGACUCCCAAGGAGAAGAUCAGAAGAGAUUUGCUCAGAAUUUACUGGAGCUGUUUAAAUCAUUUUGUUCUUCUUUGUAGACAAAUAAUUUUUAAAUGUCUGUGUUUGAGUGUGUUGGUGGGGAAAAAAUUACAUUGUGAUUGAAAACCUGAUUAAAAAAGCAUCAUAUUGC